AUGGAUUCAUCCGGCACAGGAAGGUCGGACACUACUGACCCUAUACACAUUGUAUCAGACGACCGGGAGUCAUCAGAGCGAGAGGUGUACACUUCGAACACCACCAGUACAGACGACGACGAUUUCCACCCGUAUGCACUACCCGAUGACGUGGUUGAGCCCGCUGAUGGCCCCAUCGCUGGGGAUUUGCCGCUUGUGGAGAUCCCUGCUCCCAUACCCCUUGCCAUGUACCCUGUUAUCGAUAUGCCUCUAGACGUAGUCGUUGACGACGAAAUCGAUUUGCUUGACGAGGAGCCACUGGAGGAUGACGUUGAGGGAGGGGCCCUUAUAGCUACCGAUGAUCUCUUGCUUCUCGCAGAUGCUCCUGCUGAGGAGUCACCUGGCGCGCAUCACUACUCACAUGAUUCAGACCCCAAUAGGGCGUCAUCUGCUGCACCUGCCCCUGCCCCGAGUUUUGCUAUUGAUCACGACAUUGAUGAGGAUUCCGACCCCGUCAUCCCACCUGGUUUCGAUCCAGACCAGGACAUUAAGUUUAUACACCUAGAUCAGCCCAUGGAGGACCCAGUUGAUCCUGUUGACCCUGCGUUUGCUGACCUCGCAGAUUUCGAGAUGGAGUUUGACGACCCGGAGCCUGUUGUGGCCCCCGAGCCAGAAGUUGCUCCAGACCCCGUGUUCGAGCAUGACCCUCUUCAUGCUGAUGUACCCGUUGUUGAUCCCUUGAUUGCUGAUGUACCUAUCGAUGAUCACCCUAUUGUUGCUCCACUAUUGGAGGAUGAGCAUGCUGUUGAUGCUCAGGUUGAUGCCCCUCGCAUUGCUGAUAUACCCGCUGAUCCUGUUGUUGUUGCUCCUUUUCCUGACCCGGUGCCUCUAGAGCCCGACCAUGCACUCUUUGCGACUCAUGUCAACCCUCAUUAUGCGUACACCCGGAAUGGGUGGAUAGAGGACGAUGAUGAUUUUCCACCUUUUGUGGUACCAGUCACACCUGUUCCAGCACCUGCUUCAGCUCCUUUUGAUGCACCCUUGUUUCCCACCUACACUGCUGAUGCUCACCGCACAGAUCUGCCCAUCACAUUUCUCCAGGAGAUCCCUCCGCCACAUCCUGGAGAGGGCUCUUCUCGUCAGCCUUUCGGCCAUGCACCUUUUCUGACUGGAGGAGAUCAGUUUGCACCGCAGAUCCCUCACCAUACUGUUGUUCCCCCUGUUUCACCGUUUACUGUGCCACCUUUUACUCCAGCUAGUGAGCCUUUUCUUUGGACAUCACCACCCAUCAUGCCACCAUCGGAUCCCUAUCAUCCUUUUCACAUGGGUUAUUCUGUAGAGGACAUUCUCAGGUCAUUUAUGAUCCAACAGGAGGCACUUACGCGUCACAUACAGGAGCUCGAGAGAGCACAGCGACCCCCAUGCCAGUGCCCUCCUCACCCUGCGAUAUCACAUCCCCCUCGACCUUUAUCUCUAGACUCUGCUGCACGUUUUUGGACUCAGGAGCAGCAGAUAGCUUUCUUGUUGCGUUCUCACCGAGCCAUGGAGGAGGAUUGGCUUCACAUGCGCUGUUUAUUCUAUUCUCAUUUUCCCCCUCCUCCACCGCCAUCAGCGUAG